GACGACUUUUGGGUUGGAGGCGGGUCACGUGGGGCCGCUUGACGCAGGAGGGGCGGCGUGACCAUGUCGAGCGAUUUCUACCUCCGUUAUUAUGUGGGGCACAAGGGCAAGUUCGGGCAUGAGUUCCUGGAGUUUGAGUUCAGGCCGGACGGAAAACUAAGAUAUGCAAACAACAGCAAUUACAAAAAUGAUGUAAUGAUUAGGAAGGAGGCUUAUGUACAUAAAAGUGUCAUGGAAGAACUGAAGCGAAUCAUCGAAGACAGUGAAAUCACAAAGGAAGAUGAUGCUUUGUGGCCCCCACCUGACCGUGUAGGACGACAGGAGCUGGAAAUUGUAAUAGGAGAUGAACACAUUUCAUUUACAACAUCUAAGAUUGGGUCUCUAAUUGAUGUAAAUCAAUCCAAGGAUCCAGAGGGUCUGCGAGUUUUCUACUAUCUUGUCCAGGAUUUGAAAUGUCUAGUUUUCAGUCUUAUUGGGCUACACUUCAAGAUCAAGCCUAUCUAAAAGUUUGGUUUCUACAGAAGGAUGCUGAUGGACUUUUGGAUGGACUGGAGUAAUAGAGACCGAGUGGAUUAACCAUGUGCUACAGCAGCUAACUUUAUCAUAUGUGGAUUUGGCGAUUUUUUUUUUUUAAAAUGUGAAUAUAUAAACAACUUGUUUACAAAGUAGUUGACUUUUUAUAUUAAAAUAAAUGAUGUUGGAAGGUG